AAGGAUGAAAUUAAAGCUUGGCUCAGAAAUGCGGGACCAGAAAUGCUUGGUAGUUUAUAGUGAGCAGAGAUACAGGAAAACGACAGCAUUUUGGUUUCUUCAUCUCUCUCAGAUUGAACCAACCCCACGAAUAUAAGCCACCCGUACCCCUAACCCAGUUUCCUUUAAUCUCUCCCCGUCCCUGCCCCUCGCCCCCUCCUCUUCUCUGCUCUGAAGUUGUUCUGAACUGAACUCUCCCCCCCUGCAUUAUUUAGCAUUUGUGUUGGUUUAUUUUUCUUGUACAGACUUUCAGUUGGCACAGCAUUGAAAAGCAUAUAUAUAAAGGGGGUUGUAUAUUUUGAUCGGAAUGGCGUCAUCGACGGUAUCGUCAUGGCUGAUUGGGUCAUGCAUGUCAGUUGUUGAGCAUGAAAUAGAUGGUUUCUUUGGGAUUUCUAAGUCUAAAUGCAAACGGGCUGCUGCUGUUGCUCCAACUAGAAGAAGAAGAAGGGUUUUCCUUGACACCAAAUCCGACAAUGUUCUUACUCACUUUUCCUCCUCUAAUUCUUCUUUGUUUGUUGAUAAUUACUCCUCCUUUUUAUUCUGUGGAUCCGAAAUGAGUAGGCGCACCAAACUCAUUUCCUCUGCUCAUACAGGGGAGGUAAUGGCAAUUGCUUCUCAACCAGCCAUGGAAGUUUCACUAAAGAAGAAACCCCCAACAAAGGAAAGGCGAGUUGUUGUGACAGGAAUGGGUGUGGCCACACCAAUUGGUCAUGAUCCCCAUGAGUUCUAUGAAAACCUGCUUCAAGGUGUUAGUGGCAUAAGUGAAAUAGAAGCUUUUGAUUGUUCACAGUAUCCUACAAGAAUUGCUGGAGAAAUCAAGUCUUUCUCAACUGAUGGCUGGAUUGUACCCAAACUUUCUAAGAGAAUGGACAAGUUCAUGCUUUACAUGCUAAUGGCUGGUAAGAAAGCACUUUCAGAUGGUGGAAUUACUGAUGACAUGAUGGAUGAAUUGGAUAAAAGAAGAUGUGGAGUUUUAAUUGGCUCUGCUAUGGGUGGGAUGAAGGUUUUUAAUGAUGCAGUAGAGGCUCUGAGGGUUUCCUAUAGGAAGAUGAAUCCUUUUUGUGUCCCAUUUGCAACUACAAACAUGGGUUCUGCCAUGCUUGCCAUGGACCUGGGAUGGAUGGGUCCAAAUUAUUCAAUUUCAACCGCAUGUGCGACAAGCAACUUCUGCAUAUUGAAUGCUGCCAACCACAUCAUUAGAGGUGAAGCUGACAUGAUGCUAUGCGGUGGAUCAGAUGCAGCAAUUAUACCAAUUGGAUUGGGAGGAUUUGUUGCAUGCAGAGCACUUUCACAACGAAACACUGACCCUGCAAGAGCCUCUCGGCCUUGGGAUAGUAACCGUGAUGGAUUUGUUAUGGGUGAAGGAGCUGGUGUCCUGCUUCUGGAAGAACUUGAGCACGCCAAGCAAAGAGGUGCAACAAUCUAUGCUGAAUUUCUAGGUGGAAGUUUUACUUGUGAUGCUUAUCACAUGACAGAGCCUCAUCCUAAAGGAACUGGAGUCAUUCUAUGUGUAGAGAAAGCAUUAGCUCAGUCAGGGGUAUCCAAGAAAGAUGUGAACUACAUUAAUGCACAUGCGACAUCCACACCAGCAGGAGAUCUUAAGGAGUAUCAAGCUCUUCUUCAUUGUUUUGGACAGAAUCCAGAGUUGCGAGUUAACUCCACAAAAUCUAUGAUUGGUCACCUGCUUGGAGCUGCUGGUGCUGUUGAAGCUGUGGCAACUAUUCAGGCUAUACGAACUGGUUGGGCUCAUCCAAAUAUUAAUCUUGAAACCCCAGAUGAAGGCGUUGUAAGGAUUUUUCUUCUGUGCAUUGUCAACAAUUUCUUGUUCAUGAUACGAAUAUACUUGUUGGUCCCAAAAAGGAACGGCUGGAUAUUAAGGUGGCAUUGUCUAAUUCAUUUGGAUUUGGUGGCCACAACUCAUCAAUCUUAUUUGCUCCUUACAAGUAGAUCUCUUGGACAAUAUUGAUGCAUCUGACAGAUACAAGGAAUAUUUGAAAGGAUUCGUGAUCCGUGAGUUACAUGAAGGACACUCGUGGAAGAGGACCAAGUCUCGAAGAAUUUAUCUUUUGGAAGGUAGUCUAAUGAUGGUGGUACUUCCCUCUUAUAUUCAGAUUUGUUUUAGAUGAUUGUUGGAGAGAGAAGAUCCUGGCGUGAAGAAUAGGGGGAAGGAGUAAUUUUUCUCCAUAAGUUGUGACAAUCUCCUUCUCUUAUAGCUAAACUAAACUAAAUCGUUUCUUAUAUAUCCAAUCCUUACACAUACCAGCAAAUGGUUGCCUGACCUUUAGGUGGUUGCAUACGGCCGUUAAUGCUUAGUGUACUAGUUUCUUUGUAUACCAUAUAUUUUGCAACACCAUUAAAUUUGACUUCUUGAUAUUUGAGUGAACAAACUUGCUUACAGGGAAA